CUAGGUCUUUUAGUUUUCUAGAUAAAAGAAAAAGCCAUAGUGAUAAUAAAUAAGUAUAAAGGUCGUUAUUUUUGCUGACACUUUUUUAAGUAGACGUGUUGAAAUAAAGCCCUGUUUACACAAGGGAUUCCCAUACAAAUGUCUGUGUGUAUUCUACACCUAAAGGCUCGUUCAUACUACGGAAAGCUUUUCUGAGUGGAAUUCCGCUUGCACACUCCGCAAUCGGUACCGCCCGGAAUUUAACUUUGACAAAUGGGAUUCUGCCAAAAGAAUAAAAAAGGUUCACUCUUUUGAAGGAAUCCAGAUUGUGGAAUUGCAUAGUGUGAACUGUGUGAUGGAAUCUUAUUGAAAUCAAGGAAAUCCACAAAGAAUAUCCAUAGUGUGAACUGUGUGAUGGAAUCUUAUUGACAUCAAGGAAAUCCACAAAGAAUAUCCAUAGUGUGAACUGUGUGAUGGAAUCUUAUUGACAUCAAGGAAAUCCACAAAGAAUAUCCAUAGUGUGAACUGGCUCUAAGACAGUGUGAAAGAUAUCUGCCAGCAGUUUCUUGGUUUUUAAGGGAAUCCUCAUUUCUCAUACAAAACUGGUGGGCUUUUUCUUCCUUUUGAAGCAAUGAUGCUAAAAAACUGGAAUCUGUAUCCACACAAAAUAACUAAAAGUGAAUCAGGUUCCCGGAGCAUCAAGGCAACCAAUCAGAUCGCUGCGUCCAUGUUCUGCGAGAUAAACGCUGUGAGGUGAUUGGCCGCCUUGUCCGGGCAGCGGUUUGUAGUGUGCCUCGUGUCCCCCGCUGUCCACAUACGAGCCCGAGCUCUUACACUACACUUCGGUAUCUCCGCCGCCUCUACGGGGCACGGCUUGGAGUAGCCUCUAGUCAGUAAACGCCCAUUGUAAUUGACAGAGCAGGACUUAUUACAGCCUUCCCAGACGUAUCACUUAUCAGAGACGAGAAAACUUCCCGCGGCCUCCAGACGGCAGCAGCUCCAUCCUCCUAGAUACAGUCACCGUAUGCUGCGCGAGAUCACGUGACCGGUGGCCAGCACAAGUCAAGGGGGAAAAAAAAAAAAAACCUCUCCGGAUCAUUACACACAGUCCAUCUCCCCGCACACUGGGCGCUUGUGUGGAAGGAGAAGCAGCCGCGGCCUCCACCCACUCGGCCGGCUCGCUCACCGUGACUCCUCCGGUGUUGUGGCGCAUACUGUGAAUUGCUGAGCUACAAUCAGUCUGAAUGUUUACACAAACCUAUCAUACGGCUACAGUGACACAGAUCUGUGUAUUGUGUUAUAAGAGUCAUGGCUUUAUGAUGUCUUGAUUUCUGACCUACUCUUUUAAAAUGACAGUUGUUUUCUCUUUGUUAUAAAAUUGUUCCCAAUAAAACUUAAUGAACUGAGAAGGCACUUUUCGAUCUGCAAGAUUCCCGGUUCCCCAGAAUGUUUAUUAGUACUAGACGGCUAAGAAGAUGCCAGUUCCUACAAAUUUUGGCAACGUGUUUUGUCGUUUCCUUAAUGCUCAUGUGGGUUCAGGAUGACAACGAUGUUGUAAACCACAUAAAAUCCUACUCUUACAGAUACCUCAUCAAUAGCUAUGAUUUUGUGAAUGAAAGCCUCACUAUUAUCCAGGAUGAAUCGGAUAAACACAGCUACAAUUACUUGAUCAGUAACAAAGAUAAAUGUCAGAAUGAAAAUGUGCUUCUCCUACUCUUUGUAAAGACAUCACCUGAGAACCGAAGACGACGGGAUGCUAUUAGGAGGACUUGGGGUAAUGAGGAUUAUAUACGCUCCCAAUACAAUGCCAACAUGAAGGUUGUGUUUGCCCUUGGGGUAGAUAGAGACCCAGCAAAACGCACUUUGCUCCAAAAACAACUUGAAAGUGAAAACAAAGUGUAUAAUGACUUGGUACAACAAGACUUCCUGGAUACGUUCCAUAAUUUAACCUUGAAGUUCCUUUUGCAGUUCGGAUGGGUAAAUGCAAACUGUCCAAAUGCAAAAUUUAUUAUGACGGCAGAUGAUGACAUUUUUAUCCACACACCCAAUCUGGUUUCAUACUUGAAAGGUCUGGACCGAAUUGGUGUCCAGAACUUUUGGAUUGGUAGAGUCCAUCGUGGGUCACCUCCCGUAAGAAACAAAAAUAGCAAGUAUUAUGUGCCUUAUGAAAUGUAUCAGUGGUCCUCCUAUCCUGAUUAUACUGCAGGGGCAGCCUAUGUUAUUUCACAGGAUGUCGCAGCUAAAGUGUAUAAAGCUUCACAGACUCUAAAUACCAGUCUAUACAUUGAUGAUGUUUUUAUGGGACUCUGUGCCAAUAAAAUGGGAGUUGUGCCUCAAUAUCACCUAUUCUUUUCAGGGGAAGGAAAGGCACCUUAUCACCAAUGCAUUUUUAACAGAAUGAUGACUUCACAUGGGCAUGUAAAUGAUCUUCAUUAUUUAUGGAAGCAAGUCACAGACCCAAAAGUGAUGGAGUUGACAUCUGGCUUCUGGGGUGAUGCUUACUGUAGACUAGUAAAUAUGAUUCUUCUUUGCAGGAUUCUAUACAAAGAUACAUACCCAUGUUCUGCAGCAUGGUCUUAAUACUUGAAUUAAUAAGAUUUUGAUUUACAUAUUGUAUAUUUAUAGCAAAUCUCUCUAUUGAACUUCAAGCAGUAUCAUUUUAUGAAAUGGCAUUUGUUUGUGUCUCCAUUCUGUAUUUUAUAUUCUUGAUUUCUUUACAGUAGAUCUAGUAGGGAUAUAUAAAGUUUGUAUUUUCAGAUUCAUGAAUGGGGGACAGUAAUGAUAGCAAAUUUUAAUGUAUUUUAAACAGGGUAACUGUACAUGGAAAUGAAGCUUUUUGCUAGAGUAGAUCUGCAGCGAUUUACAGCAGCAGGCAAAUGGAUAUUUGACCUGCAGAAUGUCAAUUUCUGGAAAGAAUACCAUUUAUAAGGGAAUUUGAAAUCCACAAUAAAAUGUUUCUGUGAAAUUUGAUAAAAGAUUUCCUGCCUAUCUGCCGCUAAACUUGCAUAUACAAACUUUCUGCAGGAAAAUCUGGAAAAAAUGCAAAAAAGGUGUGAAUUUGCUCUUCUCAUUUCCGGUGGAAAAUUUCCACAGCAAAUCUUCCCUGUGUGCAUUUACACCUAUUGUAAAUAAUCUAGUCUGUAUAGUCUCUAAUGGCUUUUUACAAAGGAGUGUCAGAUACCCCUAUUUUAUUUAUUUUUUUUUUUCUCUGGGCCUUUAACUUUCCCUUUUGAAGCUCCAUUACAGAAACUGCAAUCAAAAUUUUGCUAACUAUUCCCUUCUGUCCCCUUACUGCCUUUUACAUCUAUACUUUUAUAGAUAUGCUAAACAGCCUUACUCUGUGCACUUACAUUUUCAGUUUCACUGCAUUUAACCACACAUCACAUGGCUACAGAUUUGUAACUUUUGGUAAAUCUUCUAUAGAUAAACGUUAUCUAUUAUUGUAUACAUGGCUACUGUCUGUGCAGCUCUGAGCCUCACUGUAGUGUGGUUUUAUUUGAGGGCAGGCACUACAGUUUUUUUUUUUUUUUUUAUACUUUGCAUUUUACAAGUCAUGUCAUGAAAAAGUUUUCCAAAAGGGCAGAGGCCUUACAGUCCUCUAGAAUCUGCUGAUGACUGCAUGAUUAAAUAUACCUCUGUCUCAUAGAUCACAUGUUUGCUAUUUUAAAGCUGGCAAGUGCAAAGCAGCACAGUCUCUCCUGCACACCAAGCUGCAACCGUAUAUGAAACCUAACAUACUAAAUUGUAGCACACACCCACAUUGUGGUCUCUUCUGGUUUAUGGUUCUGAGUGGCGGUAAAUGGGCAUGUAACAGAAAAUAGGGAUGUACCUUUCCAAUUUGUUGCCAAAUGACAAGUCUUUAUUGUAUAGCCAUGAAAUAAAAUAAAAUUCUUGCCUGGGGAUAAGAGAUUUUUUGCAAAGUGCUCCACCCAGGUGCUGCAAAAAAAAAAAUAAUAAUAAUAAUCACCUUCCCUGAUUCCCGCUGCUGCUAUUCCAGUGACAUCGGGGACACAGCUCUUGGCUCCUUCGGAUGUGACUGUCCAGCUGGAGCUGCAUGUUUAGUCAGUCACUGGUGGCAGCGGUUGUUAUCUACCUCAGCCAGUGACUGACUGAGCGAACAGUUCCUGCAGGGUCAGCACUGCAUCGGAAGCAGGAAGGAGCCAAGAGCAUUGGGGUCUAAGAGCCAUCAGAACAGCAGCGGUAUGGGGCCAGGGGAAGGGGAGUAUUCUUUAGAUUUCUGCAUCUAGGGCCCUUUUGUAAAAAAAAAAAAAAUAAUAAUAAUUUUUUCCUCCAGAAAACAACUUUUGGGGUGAGUCACUGGAAAGUUAAACACAGCUCCUUAACAUUAUAUUGCAGAUUUGCACAUACUCUGCUAAAAUUCUCUUCUGUAGUCUUCAUGCAUGUGACAGAAAAAAGCCAUGUUCACAGACUCUGUUGCUUCGUACUGUGGAAUCAUAAGAGCUCCAUGUAAUAUUUGAAAAUAAAUAAAUAAAAACCCUCUAAGGGCAGGAUCACGUGCUGUAGUUUGCUGCGUAUUUUCCUACCCAUUGAAGUCAAUGGGUAACAAUCAGCUGCAGAAAAUAUGCAGCAAGUUAUGGCACAUGUGACCCUACCAUAGCAAGCAUCCUAUGGAGAAUGUUACAAGUUGUGGAACAAUACUUCUAGGGGAGAGUAGAUCACAUUCAUGUUGCAGUGUCUUUUCUCCCUGAGAACAAAAGAAUCUGGCAGUUGAAGUUCAACAUGCCUCAUCCUUCUCUCCCCCUACAUAAUCUGUUGGGGGGGAGAGUUGUGACACCCCUAACACAUUACAAAUUCAGGCGGUCCCACCAAAACUGAGUUCAGACAUCUUUCCGUCAAAGAAUAUAUGGGAGCUUUUUAUGAAAGCUUAUACAGAAAUAAUUCACCGUACUGUGGUAGAUUUGCCGUUUGUGACCUACUUAACCUAAAACAACCCAUCACAUUGUAUAUCAUUUUGCUUUUAAAAUGUUUGCCUAAUCUUAUAUAUUUGUGUCUUCUCUUCAGAGGCUGAUCUUGCAUAGCCCAAUCUUCUUCCAACUUCUUUCUGUUUGGCACUCACUGCUGUACAAUUUUACAAAAUGCUGUUUUUUUUUUUUUUUUUGUAUGGAUAAAUAUUUAGUUUUGAGCUUUUAUAUUUACAGUUGAAAUUUGCUUAUCAAUGUGAGAGUAGCUUAAAAUACAGCAGGUCUGUUUUAAAUGCAUCUAUUUUUAUAUGGAAAUAAAAAUGUAUUCUCAAAGAUAUGAAGGCAUACAAUUUUUAAACUGGCCUGAACUUUUAGAGGUAUUACUCUUCUGCACCUUAAGUACUCCGGUGGAAAACUUUUUUUUUUUUUUUUAAACUGGUGCCAGAAAGUUAAACAGAUUUGUAAAUGACUUCUAUUAAACAAAUCUUAAUGCUAAUCUAGUAGCCCUUGUUGACCAUCUCUGCAAUGUACAAAGCACGUUGCUUAAAAGAAAACUGUUACUAACCCCAUCCCCCCUCCCCGCACUAACCAGAGGUACUGGCUGGUAGUGCGGGGGACGCUGAUCAAUAUGAUGUCUACCAUGCCCGGAUCCAUGCAGCUGUUUGCCUGUUGUCUUCAUUAUUCAAUAUAUGCAAAUCAUGUGGUGUCAGUGCCGCUCGUCCGCAGCACUGCAUGGCUUAUGCAUAUUCAUGCCCUCCCUCUCUGCUCUGUAUGUGACUCCACUGCGCAUGUGCCUGCUUACUGCACCUUUACUAACUAUAGCUCAGCUACACUGGCAUGAAGCUGCGCUGAAGCCGCUUCAGGGUAUACACAGGAAGCCGGCACAUGCAGAGCGCAGAGGAGAGGGAGAUGCGGAGGGAGGGCAUGAAUAUUUAUAAGCUGGGCAGUGCUGCAGACCAGCACAGUGCCAGAUGAAGGCAGCAACCCCUCCCGUGCCAGUUAGAAGAUGAUUUGCAAAUAUUGAAAAAUGAAGAUAAAGGGCGAACGGCUGGAUGGAUCCAGGCUUGGUAGGCAUCCUAUUGAUCAGUGUCCCCUGCACUACCAGCCAGUAUCUCAGGUUAGUUCGGGGGAGGGGCUUAGUGACAGUAUUCCUUUUAAAUUCUGCUGCUUCUGCAGAGCACAAGUUAUCUAGUUAAUAAGGGUCAUGUUCAUCUUUUCUCUUUAUACCGUGUUAUUUAUUACCAGUGGUCUAGGUAACAUGGAAUGUUUAACAAGUGAUUAGUAAUUUUUUUUAAAUAUUUUUCUUUUGUAUUACUAUGAAUUUUGUACGUUAUUUAUAUUUAAUACUUUUUGCUGCGUUUUAGAAAUGAUUGUAUUUGUUUUUGUUUUUUGUUUGUUUAUGUCUCCUAACAGUUUUUCAAUAAAUUAUCUGACUUGGAAAUAAUUUGUUUUUUG